UGUAGAGAAAAAAACCUUCACAGUUCACAAGUAGCUUUCAGUCUGUCCCUUGUUCUCGUGCUCCAACUGUUCUUCUUCUCUUCUUCUUCCUCUUCCAUCUCCACUUUCUCCCUGCAACUCAAAACCACUGUGCCAUCUUCAACCCUUCAAAAAACCUCUCCUAUUCUCUCAAAACCUUCAACAUUUCCCAUUUUCAGGUGGCCUUUCAUUCCCUUUUUCCUCAGAUCAUUUUAUUUUCUUCUCUAAACCCAUCCUUUUUUCAAUCCUCAAAGAAAAAGAAAAAGAUUAAUUUUUCUUUCGUCUUUGCUUGCAGAUGGCAUUGGAAACAGCCACUCCCCCAGCUACUCCAAGUGCCCAAGUCGUUGGACAUGCUUUUGUCGAGCAGUAUUACCACAUUCUUUGCAACUCACCAGAAUUGGCUCAUAGAUUCUAUCAUGAUUCAAGUGUGCUUAGCCGGCCAGAUUCGAAUGGUGUGAUGACAUCAGUGACAACCAUGCAAGGUAUUAAUGAGAAGAUUCUUUCCUUGGAUUACCCAAACCACAAGACUGAGAUUAAUACUGCUGAUGCCCAGAAGUCUUAUAAGGAAGGUGUAACUGUGCUAGUAACUGGAUGUCAAACGGGCAAGGAUAACUUGAAGAGAAAAUUUGCACAGUCUUUUUUCCUUGCUCCACAAGACAAUGGGUAUUUUGUGUUAAAUGAUGUAUUUAGGUAUGUAGAAGAUGGUGAACCUUUGGAGAAUCAUAAAGUUAAUGGUGUUAAUGAUGCUCCUAGAGUGCCUUCAACACCAGAAUCUGAGCCAACUCAAGUUCUGGAUCCUUCUGCCCCGGAUCCAGCAACUGCUCUUGUGGAAGAGAAUCAAAAUGUUGCUGAGCACGUUGAUGAGCCAUCAGGCCAGGAGAGACAGGUGGUCAAUGAAAAAGAGGCAGUUUCAGAAUCCCAGUCUCAUUCAAAUGGUAAUGAUAUUUCCAUAGUUGUUGAAUCAACUUCUUCUUCAGCCCAAGAGGAUACUCCAAAGAAAUCUUAUGCAUCAAUUGUGAAAGUACCAAAAGGGGGUUCAGGGCCAACUAGAGUCUAUGUGCCUACCAAUACCCCAAGAGUGACACCCAAGAAAGCUGAGAACCAGUCUCCUGUGUCUGCAGCAACUGCUCCACCUGAAGCAUCUUUACCUACUAGCGUUGAUGCCCCUGAGAGUAACAAUAUUCCUGAGGAAGUCACAGUUGAGGGCCACUCCAUUUAUAUUCGAAACUUGCCCUUCAAUGUGACGCCUAUACAGCUUGAGCAGGAGUUUAACAAGUUUGGACCAAUCAAGCAAGGGGGUGUCCAAGUUAGAAACAACAAGCAACAGGGAUACUGCUUUGGUUUUGUUGAAUUUUUGUCUUUGAGCUCCAUGAAUGAUGCAAUUCAGGCUUCACCAAUUGCAAUUGGUGAUCGACAAGCUGUUGUGGAGAUAAAGAGAACUUCAACUAGAGUUGGUAGUGGAAGAGGUAGCUUCCCCUCCAGAAGGGGAGGGUUUCGAAGUGAUAGCUUCAGAGGUCGUGGAAACUAUGGUGGUAGUCGAAGCUUUGGCAGAAAUGAAUAUGGAAACCGAGGUGAAUUUUCUGCUCGAGCUAGGGGUUCAGCUGGGCGUGAAGGAAGAGGAAGAGGUGGGCGUUCAAGUGGACCAAAACAGACUUCUGCUUCUACUUGAAACCCCAUAGAGUAAAACCUUUUUUUCCAGGCGGAAAAUUUUUUUGAUAGGGUUAGUGCUCAACAUUUUGGAUGAAUUGGGAGUUGGUGACUUUAUCUUAAUUGAUUUAACAAGGAUCAAAUGUUGGAAAGGACUGAGGCAAUGUUAAAGAUGAAAGGCAGUGCUGUACCUUAGGGAUAUUCUGUUAGAGAAUUUUGUGUAGGGCCUUUUUUUUACCAAGACAAACUCAAGGUCAUCCUCCAGAUUUCAUUAAAUUAACUUCUGAUUUUACAUUGAUGGGAUUCACCGAGUCUUUAGCAUGUGGUGGCUGUAGUGGGAUGACCCUAACUUCUUCAUAGAUUGGAGCUUCUUUUUUUUUUUUGUUUCACUAGGUGCAUACUGUUUUUUUUUUUUUUUGGAAUGGUACAUACUGUCUUUUAAUUAUUCAAAUGGGUAAUGAUGGUUUGACUGGAAUGAUACAUUGGGUUCAUCUUCCUUUC